AUGGAGAACGACCGAUGUCUGGAUGACGAAGCCCAGCUACAGGCCCUCGGGCACGAAGGAGAGCUCAAGCGCAACUUCAGUCUUCUGUCCAUGCUUGGGCUGGCCUUUGCUAUUUUGAACUCGUGGACCGCUCUUUCUUCGUCGCUUGGGCUCGCUUUACCUUCCGGAGGAUCGACGAGCGUUAUCUGGGGACUGCUGACGGCUGGCGUGUGCAAUCUGGCGCUUGCUGCGUCACUGGCCGAAUUCCUGUCAGCAUAUCCGACAGCUGGUGGACAAUAUUAUUGGGUUGCAGUCAUCACUCCGAAACGUUGGGUGCCUCUGGCUUCCUGGAUAACUGGCUGGAUCAACGUUUCUGGUUGGCUUGCUUUGACGACUUCUGGAGGACUGCUUGCAUCACAGCUCAUCUCGGGACUUAUCUUGCUAUUCCAUCCUGACUUCACUUUGAAGCCAUAUCAGGUCUGGUUGAUAUAUGUAGCAUGGACGCUCAUCGCCUUCUUCGUCAAUGCUUUCCUCAACGACAUCCUGGCACACGUGAAUCGGGUUGCCUUCAUUUGGUCGAUUGGCGGCUUCGCCAUUGUCUGUAUAACAGUGCUAGCAUGCGCGUCGCCAAACUACGCUUCCGCUGAGUUUGUCUUUACUGAGUUCAUCAACGAAACUGGCUGGCCAGACGGUGUCGCAUGGCUCCUUGGUUUACUGCAAGGCGGUUUCGGAAUCACUGGAUACGACGCGGUGGCGCACAUGAUCGAGGAGAUUCCAAACGCUUCAAUUCAAGGACCCAAGAUUAUGAUUUACUGUGUUUGCAUCGGAACUGUAACUGGAUUCUUCUUCCUCAUGAUUCUUCUGUUCGUGUCUGGCGGCGACGCGAAGGCAAUCAUUGAGUCUGCAGCAGGGCCACUCAUCACGAUCCUCAACAAUGCUACUGGCAGUAAAGCAGGAGCGGUAUGUUUACUCAUGUUUCCGCUUGGCUGCAUUCUUUUCGCAGAGAUUGCUAUCAUGACCACCUCAUCGCGCAUGACGUAUGCGUUCGCUAGAGACGGAGGAGUGCCCUGGUCUCCAUUCUUCUCAAAGGUCCAUCCGCGACUUGGCCAGCCUCUGAACGCUCUCAUGUUAGCCGCGGGUUUAACAAUUCUCUUUGGGUUGAUCUUAAUCGGCUCGAGCAGCGCAUUCAAUGCCCUCAUCUCCGCCUCGGUAGUGGCUCUUGGUGUAUCAUAUGCGAUUCCCAUCGCGAUCAACGUCUGUCGCGGACGGAAAAUGCUUCCGCCUAGAGCGUUUGCAUUGCCGAACUGGCUUGGCUGGAUUGCAAACUUGGUCGGUCUCGCAUACACGACUGUCACUACCGUCCUCUUCCUCUUUCCACCAGAGCUUCCCGUUACCACUACGAACAUGAACUACUGUGUUGUCGCUUUUGGUAUUAUUCUGUUCAUCAGUGUGGUGCAGUGGCUUGUCGACGGCCGGAAGAACUUCACGGGGCCCCGAAGCGAUAUGGGUCUGGAAAUCCUGGAAGCAACGAACAGCCUGGAACCUAACGACAACGAAGAGACGAGGCAUGUCAAGGUGGCCGGGGAGGAGACCGGGCCACAUACAGUAAAGGACUAA